AUGGAACCACUCAACGGAUUCUUCCCAUUAUGUGUUAUUUCCUUUCUCAUUUUUCUUACUACUCUUACUCAAACCUUAAGCUUAACUGCACUUGAUGACACUGAAUAUGAAGAUUGGGAAAGCUAUCUUAAUAUACCAAACACCAUCUUAACUUAUGGGAGUGAAAUGGAGGACGCUGAAUGGCAGAUGGUGCAAAAGAAAGGAAACCAGUUUGUAGUGAACGGGCAACCCUUUUACGUAAACGGAUUCAACACAUACUGGAUGAUGGUAUUUGCCGCCGAUGAGUCCACACGAGGAAAGGUCACUGAUGUGUUCAAACAUGCAUCCUCAGUUGGUAUGUCAGUUUGUAGGACUUGGGCUUUCAAUGAUGGUCAGUGGAGAGCCCUUCAGAAAUCUCCAUCACUUUAUGAUGAAGAGGUGUUCAAGGCUCUGGAUUUUGUAGUGAGCGAAGCAAAGAAAUACAGAAUCCGGCUCAUAUUAUCGUUGGUUAACAAUUGGGAAUCAUAUGGUGGAAAAGCACAAUAUGUCAAAUGGGGUAAUGCUGCUGGCCUUAACUUGACCUCUGAUGAUGACUUUUUUUCACAUCCAACUCUCAUAGGCUACUACAAAGACCAUGUUAAGACAGUGCUCAAUAGAGUUAACACAUUCACAAAUAUCACUUAUAAGGAAGAUCCAACUAUUUUUUCUUGGGAAUUAAUGAAUGAACCUCGAUGCACCUCUGAUUCCUCCGGUGAUAAGUUACAGGAAUGGAUACAAGAGAUGGCAUUCUAUGUGAAAAGUGUUGAUCCAAAACACUUAGUGGAGAUUGGCCUAGAAGGAUUUUAUGGACCCUCAACACCUCAAAGAUUACAGUUCAACCCAAAUACAUUUGCUCAACAAGUUGGAACUGAUUUUAUAAGAAACCACCAGGUUCUAGGUGUCGAUUUCGCUUCUGUUCACAUAUAUCCAGACUCUUGGAUUUCACAAUCAGUUGGUGAUAGCCAUAUCCCAUUUGUUAAGUCAUGGAUGGAAUCCCACAUAGAGGAUGCUGAAAAGUAUCUUGGAAUGCCAGUUGUUUUUGGUGAGUUUGGUGUAUCUGCAAAAGAUCCAGGUUAUAAUUCAACAUAUAGAGAUACACUUAUAAAUACAGUUUACAAGACAAUUCUAAAUUCUACUAAGAAAGGAGGGAGUGGUGCUGGAAGCCUUUUGUGGCAGUUCUUUCCCGAUGGAACGGAUUACAUGGACGACGGUUAUGCAAUUGUUCUCUCAAAAGCUCCUUCAACUUCUAGCAUGAUAUCUCUUCAAUCCACAAGGCUUGCUCUAUUCAACUCCCUAUGCUCUGAGAGAUGUCAUUGGGGUUGUAACAAGAAAAAAGUGUUGCAAAAACUACUCUAUCAGGAGGAUGAGCUUUAA